CACCAGGGGGGCCUUUGCUUCUUUAAAUGCUCUUUCUUUUACUAAUUUAAAAGGGUUACCUUAGUCUUGUUUUAUUUCCUUCUUCUUGUGGGGCGGCUCGUGGUUCUUCGUUCUUUCAGAUAAUCAACCAAAAUGGAACAUAUAUCUGAUGAGAACAAUCCUAAUCUUUUCAAACCCACAAAUUUUCAAGAAGGAGGUGCAGUUAUAGGUUGCAGAAAGUUUGGGCAGGAGAUUAGGCACAACAGAAGAGCUUUAAGUGUCAUUAAUCAGAAUUUAGUUGGUGCUAAAGCAUACCCUUGUGUUGUUAAUAAGAGAGGCUUGUCAGAAAGAAAUGAAAAUUUUGAAAACAACCAGUUUGAUCCAGUGCACAGACCUAUUACCAGGAAAUGUGUUGCCCAAAUUUCUAGUAUUAGUCAACGGCAUCGCCCCGAGGAAAAUAAGAAGCUGAAACCAUCAGUUCCAAGCUCAAAUGAGUUUGGAGAUUGUAUAUUUAUAGAUGUGGAGGAAAGCAAGGCAUCUGUAGACCACCCAGUACCCAUGUUCUUAGAAGAAACAGAAACUAGGCUCAGUGAAGCUGAUGAGAUGGAGGAAGUCGAGAUGGAGGAUAUAGCUGAAGAUGCAAUUGUUGAUAUCGAUGGCUGUGAUGCAAAGAAUCCACUGGCAGUUGUUGACUAUGCUGAAGAUUUGCAUGCCUACUAUAGAAAGAUGGAGAAAUUUAGCUGUGUUUCACCAAACUACAUGGCGCAGCAGUCUGACAUUAAUGAGAAAAUGAGGGCUAUACUGAUUGACUGGCUUAUUGAGGUGCAUGACAAAUUUGACCUCAUGGGGGAGACAUUAUUUCUUACUGUUAAUCUCAUAGACAGAUUUUUGUCCCAGCAAACGGUGGUGAGGAAAAAGCUUCAGUUGGUUGGACUGGUUGCUAUGCUCUUAGCUUGCAAGUACGAGGAGGUUUCUGUUCCUGUUGUAGGAGAUCUUAUCCUUAUAUCAGACAAAGCUUACUCUAGGAAAGAAGUUCUCGAAAUGGAGAGAUUGAUGGUUAACACAUUGCAGUUUAACAUGUCAUUUCCAACACCAUAUGUUUUCAUGAGGAGGUUCAUCAAGGCUGCUCAGUCCGACAAGAAGCAGCUUGAGCUUCUAUCCUUCUUCUUGAUUGAGCUUGCCCUAGUGGAAUAUGAGAUGCUUAAGUUCCAACCAUCACUAUUAGCAGCUGCUGCAAUCUUCACAGCUCAAUGCAGUCUUUAUGGGUUCAAGCAGUGGAGCAAGACAUGCGAGUGGCAUAGCAGCUAUUCAGAAGAUCAGCUAUUAGAAUGUUCAAGACUGAUGGUUGGUUUCCAUCAGAAGGCAGCAACGGGAAAACUAACAGGGGUACAUAGAAAGUACUGCACAUCCAAGUUUGGCUACACAGCAAAAUGUGAACCUGCAGAAUUUUUACUGGAGACCCAUCCAUAGGAGAGGAAUGUAUAGGCAGCUACUGACUAUACCUGAUUUGAUGAAGAAAGGAGGACAGCUAAUACAAUAAUUGAGCAACUUCGGGUUGCCCUUGGGAAUUAAAAAAAGUUUGAAAAUUUUUAAACCUGCAGCAAGCAGCCUGGGUUGAUUUCUUUUUCUGUGUACGUUCAAAUUGAACAUAAUUUCUCACUGUAAUUUUCUGUAUUUCCUUGAUACAAUAAUUGGCCAAUGAUGAUACAUUCUUUU